AUACCACACAUAGGUGGAGGGCUGUUAUUCUGUUUCCCGCCUAAGAGAGGAUACCCCUAUUGUUUCUGAAAACGCUGACCAGGACCCACACUUCCAACAAAAAUUCCUCUAUCCCCACAACAGCAGCAAAAGCAGCAGCAGAAGCAACAGCAACAGAGAAGUGUUUUGAUGAAUUGCAAGAUGGAUAGGGCUUUCAGUGCCCCCAGCCCUGCUGAUACCAAACGCCUUUAAGAUACAGCCUUUCCCAUCCUAAUCUACAAAGGAAACAGGAAAAAGGAACUUAAAACUCCCUGUGCUCAGACAGAAAUGAGACUGUUACAGCCUGCUUCUGUGCUGUUCCUUCUUGCCUCUGACUUGUAAACAGGACCCAGUAGAACAUGCGAAUGGAAAGUCACAAACCUCUUGGUGUCUGAAAGGAUCCUUGGGACCUCAUGCACAUCUGCGGAAACUGGAUGGAGAGAUUUGGGGAAGCAUGGACUCUUUAGCUGGCUUAGUUCUCUAUGGAGUCAGCUUGCUCCUUUCUGGAACAGUGGACAGUGCCAUGGACCUGAUCUUGAUCAAUUCCCUACCUCUCGUGUCUGAUGCGGAAACAUCCCUCACCUGCAUCGCCACUGGAUGGCGCCCCCAUGAGCCCAUCACCAUAGGAAGGGACUUUGAAGCCUUAAUGAACCAGCACCAGGAUCCACUGGAAGUUACUCAAGAUGUGACCAGAGAAUGGGCUAAAAAAGUCGUUUGGAAGAGAGAAAAGGCUAGUGAAAUCAAUGGUGCGUAUUUCUGUGAAGGGCGAGUUCGAGGAGAAGCAAUAAGGAUACGGACCAUGAAGAUGCGACAGCAAGCUUCCUUCCUACCAGCUACUUUAACCAUGACUGUGGACAGGGGCGAUAACGUGAACAUAUCUUUCAAAAAGGUGUUGAUUAGAGAAGAAGAUGCAGUGAUUUACAAAAAUGGUUCCUUCAUCCACUCAGUGCCCCGGCACGAAGUACCUGAUAUUUUAGAAGUGCAUCUGCCUCAUGCUCAGCCCCAGGAUGCUGGAGUGUACUCAGCCAGGUACAUAGGAGGAAACCUCUUCACCUCGGCCUUCACCAGGCUGAUAGUCCGGAGAUGUGAAGCUCAGAAGUGGGGACCUGAAUGCAACCGCGUCUGCACUGUUUGUAUGAACAACGGUAUCUGCCAUGAGGAUACAGGAGAAUGCAUUUGCCCACCUGGGUUUAUGGGGAGGACAUGUGAGAAGGCUUGCGAACUGCACACAUUCGGCAGAACUUGUAAAGAAAGGUGUAGUGGACCGGAGGGAUGCAAGUCGUAUGUGUUCUGUCUCCCAGACCCCUACGGGUGUUCCUGUGCCACAGGGUGGCAGGGUCUGCAGUGCAAUGAAGCGUGCCAGCCUGGUUAUUAUGGGCCAGACUGUAAGCUUACAUGCAGGUGCAGCCACGGGGAGACGUGUGAUCGGUUCCAAGGAUGUCUCUGCUCUCCAGAACGCCAAGGGCUCCAGUGUGAGAAAGAAGGCAUGCCAAGGAUGGUCCCAAAGAUAGAGGAUUUGCCGGAUCACAUAGAAGUAAACAGUGGUAAAUUUAAUCCCAUCUGCAAGGCGUCUGGCUGGCCACUGCCUGCUAAUGAAGAAAUGACUCUCGUGAAGCCGGAUGGAACGGUGCUCCAUCCAAAAGACUUCAAUCAUACGGGUCAUCUGUCAGUGGCCACAUUCACCAUCCACCGGGUCCUCCCCCCUGACUCAGGGGUCUGGGUCUGCAGUGUGAACACAGUGGCUGGGAUGGUGGAAAAGCCUUUCAACAUUUCUGUUAAAGUUCUUCCAAAGCCCCUGAAUGCCCCAAACGUGAUUGACACUGGACAUAAUUUUGCUGUCAUCAACAUCAGCUCUGAGCCUUACUUUGGGGAUGGACCAAUCAAAUCCAAGAAGCUCCUAUACAAACCUGUUAAUCAUUAUGAGGCUUGGCGGCAUAUUCAAGUGACAAAUGAGAUUGUUACACUCAACUAUUUGGAACCUCGCACAGAAUACGAGCUCUGCGUGCAGCUGGUCCGGCGUGGAGAGGGCGGGGAAGGGCAUCCGGGACCCGUGAGACGCUUCACCACUGCUUCUAUCGGUCUCCCUCCUCCAAGAGGUCUUAUUCUCCUACCAAAAAGUCAGACUACUCUAAAUUUGACCUGGCAACCAAUAUUUCCAACCUCAGAAGAUGACUUUUAUGUUGAAGUGGAGAGGAGGUCUGUGCAAAUGAAUAGUGACCAGCAGAAUAUCAAAGUCCCAGGCAACUUGACUUCAGUGCUACUUAACAAUUUACACCCCAGGGAGCAGUAUAUAGUCCGAGCCAGAGUCAACACCAAGGCCCAGGGGGAAUGGAGUGAAGAUCUCAUCGCUUGGACCCUUAGUGACAUUCUCCCUCCUCAACCAGAAAACAUUAAGAUUUCUAACAUCACAGACUCCUCAGCCAUGAUCUCUUGGACAAUCUUGGAUGGCUAUUCUAUUUCUUCUAUUAUCAUCCGUUACAAGGUUCAGGGCAAGAAUGAAGACCAGCACAUCGAUGUGAAGAUCAAGAAUGCCACCAUUACCCAGUAUCACCUCAAGGGCCUAGAGCCUGAAACAGCUUACCAGGUGGACAUUUUUGCAGAGAACAACAUAGGGUCAAGCAACCCAACCUUUUCUCAUGAACUGAUGACCCUUUCUAAAUCUCAAGCACCAGCGGACCUUGGAGGUGGGAAAAUGCUGCUUAUAGCCAUCCUUGGCUCGGCAGGAAUGACCUGCCUGACGGUGCUGUUGGCCUUCCUGAUCAUGUUGCAACUGAAGAGGGCAAAUGUCCAAAGGAGAAUGGCCCAAGCUUUCCAAAACGUGAGGGAAGAGCCAGUUGUGCAGUUCAACUCAGGAACUUUGGCCCUGAACAGGAAGGCCAAAAACAACCCAGAUCCUACAAUUUAUCCAGUGCUUGACUGGAAUGACAUCAAAUUUCAAGAUGUGAUCGGGGAGGGUAACUUUGGCCAGGUUCUUAAGGCGCGCAUCAAGAAGGAUGGCUUACGGAUGGACGCUGCCAUCAAGAGAAUGAAAGAAUAUGCCUCCAAAGAUGACCACAGGGACUUCGCUGGGGAACUGGAGGUUCUCUGUAAACUUGGCCACCACCCAAACAUCAUCAAUCUCUUGGGAGCGUGUGAACAUCGCGGCUACCUGUACCUGGCCAUUGAAUACGCUCCCCACGGAAACCUCCUGGACUUCCUGCGCAAGAGCCGAGUACUGGAGACCGAUCCCGCCUUUGCCAUUGCCAACAGCACCGCCUCCACGCUGUCCUCCCAGCAGCUUCUCCAUUUUGCAGCAGAUGUGGCCCGUGGCAUGGACUACUUGAGCCAGAAACAGUUUAUCCACAGGGAUCUGGCUGCCAGGAACAUUUUAGUUGGUGAAAACUAUGUAGCCAAAAUAGCAGAUUUUGGAUUGUCCCGAGGUCAAGAAGUAUAUGUGAAGAAGACAAUGGGAAGGCUCCCGGUGCGCUGGAUGGCAAUCGAGUCGCUAAAUUACAGCGUGUAUACAACCAACAGUGAUGUAUGGUCCUAUGGAGUGCUCCUAUGGGAGAUCGUUAGCUUAGGUGGCACUCCUUACUGCGGGAUGACAUGUGCAGAGCUGUACGAGAAGCUGCCCCAGGGCUACAGACUGGAGAAGCCUCUAAACUGUGAUGACGAAGUGUAUGAUCUAAUGAGACAGUGCUGGCGGGAGAAGCCUUAUGAGAGGCCGUCAUUUGCCCAGAUAUUGGUGUCCUUAAACAGGAUGUUAGAAGAACGCAAGACUUACGUGAACACCACACUUUAUGAGAAGUUUGCCUACGCAGGGAUCGACUGCUCGGCUGAGGAGGCAGCCUAGGACCAAGCCCACCCGCCUGUAUGUUCUGUCUCCCCUCCACUGGCAUGAAGACCCUUGAUGCCAAGCAAGCCAGCAAGACUGUGCCAAGAGAGGUGACCUAGAACAUAAACAUGUACAUAUAUUGCUGUGUGUCUGGGACUUUACCACAAAAACCCGUGUGUGUGAAUCUAUAGUACACUUUGACUCUCAUAGGACUGUAUAUACUGUUUCGAGUAAUAAUGUGCUGAAAUCAGAAUGCCUGUUUGUGGUUUCAUAUGCAAUAAUAUAUUUUUCUAAAAAUAUGGACUUUACAGGAAGGUGUGUGAGUACAAUUACUAUAAUGCAUAACUCAUUAUCAUCCUAGGUAUUUUUGAUAUUUACCUUCAUAGUGAAUGCUAUAAAAUCUUUGGCUCUGUAGAAGAAAGAUCUUGUUAGUAAACCUAACACCGGCCCUGAUAGCCUGGGUAAGAAAAGUGGGGGAAAUAGGUUAGUUCUAUCAGGAUAGAGGUUAACAUCUAAAAGAGAUCCUGCUGUCCAUCUCUUAACUUUCUCCCUCAUGUAUAGAAGCCAUCCCACUUUCACUUGGUCAUUUGUCAACUUCGUCAUGUGUUUCCAGACCCCACCAGUCAAUCCAGAAUGCUAACACCUAAAAGUAAGCUUAAAUCUCAUUCCAUACAAGUCUAAGAAUCUUUAGAGAAGUACAAGUUUGAUAAAUUAAUGAGAUUUGGUUUUAGUUUCUCUGGUAACAUGGAUUUGUGUGUUUUAAGAAACUGAAGUAGGAAGCCUGGAGUUCCACUUGGAAGACAUGCGACAUUUGUAUCAACUGAACAUCCCUACAUGUAUUACACGUUGUAAAGUUUCAGUGUUGAUCAGUUGUGAGUUUACAGUUUAUACCGUAGGCACAUGUUGCACUGAGGUCAUACAGUAAGUGAAUAAAUGUCUUGCCUACCCA